GAUGCCAGUCAAGUCCUUUGUUUGAUUGUCGCGUGUGGUAAAUAGGGGUGCGAACGAACGGCCGACAGGGAGGACGAGGGGGAGGAGCGGGAGGAUUUCAGGGAGGAAAGCGAGGGAGGAGCCGUGGGUUCGAUGGAGGACAGGCGACACAAGUACAAUGCGACAGAUCAGCCCGAGCGAUCGGAUACAAUUGGUAUGAUGGGCAGAGGCGGUGGAGGAGGAAGAGGACGUGAGGAGGUGGGGAGAGGAGAGAAGAGGAGCGGAGCGGAAAGAAGGGUUGAAGAGUUCAAGAGGUUAAAGAGGAGGAUGAGGAGGAUGAGCAGAGCAUGGACCGGUCUGGAGUCUUAGCAGCUGAGAGGAUUUGCUUCCGGAAAAA